AUGAGAAUCCUUCGGAUAUUCGAGAAGAUUUGCGGCGAGCGACAUUUCCAGGAUGUUGUGGUUGUGACGACCAUGUGGAACUCGCUUAAGACCAAGGAAGCGCAAGAUGCCGCAAUGAUGCGUGAGAAAAUGAUGGGAGAAAGACCUGAGUUCUUUGGAAACAUGAUGAGAAAUGGAGCUAGAAUGGAGCGAUACCAAGGCGAUACUUAUAGCGGCAUCCGGAUCGUCGAACUAUUAGCAGACAGACGGGGAACGAUCACUCUGCAAUUGCAGCGCGAGAUGGGACGAGACGUAGCAACGAAACUCGAAGACACGACAGCAGGAAGAUAUAUCGACGGUGAAUUGGCCAAUGCACGCGAAAAGUACGAAACGCAAAAACGAGAGCUAGAAGAGUGUGCAGAAGACACCGGGGAUGAUGAUGACCUCAAAAGCGAAUACGUCGAACAAGCUGAAGACUGCACUCGUAUGGUCAAGAAUAUCACAGCCGAUCAAGAAAGCCUUUCCGUCACACUUGAAGACAUGCGGAACGAACAGGUGGCAUGGUGUAGCAAAGGUCACGACGACCAUGCGGAGGAUGCUAUGCAUGAGAACACCUCCACGCGCAUCUUCGAGCUCGAGCACAAGGUCCAAGACCUGGAAAGAGUAAUUCAAGAGCAGCGCGUGGAAAGUCUCAAUGCACAACGUGAAGGGAUUGAGAAGAUAGAAGCGGGCAAGCAGGACAUAGACCAGGCAAAAGAACGCGACCAGAUUGCGCGGGAUAAAGCAAAGCAGAAGCGAGCACCUCCAAGUGAGGUUAUCGUGUGGAUGCGAGACUUUUUUGCUGGAAGACGCACUACAGAAUAUGCACCACCACCACGUCGAGCCGACUCCAUGCCCAUAGAGACAAAGCCCACCAAGAAGACUGAUAACCAAGUCUGGAAAAUUGGAAGUCGACCUAAAGGCCGCCAUAGUGGAAGGCCGAAUAUCAAGCGCACAUCCUCUGACGAUCACCCGAGAGAGCCCUACGCUGAUUCGCAGUACCUUCAGUAUCAACAGACCUGCGAGCCUGAGUAUCUUAGCGAUGCAGAAAGCGGAUUGGAGAGCGAGAGGGAGGGCUCAGCGCCUCCGAUGUAUACGCCGCAUAAUCCUCAUUCGUAUACACCCGUAGCCCCACCCGACGACAUAAUUAUUGCAGUGAUGGGCAUUACUGGCUGCGGAAAAACUACUUUCGUGAACCUCUUCUCUGAUCGCAAGCUCGAGGUCGGGCAUGGACUAGAUUCAUGCACAGUAUCAGUCCAAGUCGUACCUUGUACGUUCGAAGAUGGCACGAAGGUCUAUCUCGUCGACACCCCCGGCUUUGACGACACUUAUCGGUCCGACUCCGAAAUCCUGCGUGAAGUCGCGCUUUGGCUGAAUAAGGCGCACACAGAAAAGCUGCGACUAGCUGGCAUCAUCUUCCUCCAACGAAUCUCAGAUGUUCGAGUAGGCGGUAGCGGAAUCAAGAACAUCAAAAUGUUCCAAAAGCUGUGUGGUGACGGCCCGCUGUCGAGCGUGGUACUAGCGACGACAAUGUGGGACAUGGCCUCACCCAAUGCUGCAAUCGACCGCGAGAGAGAACUAAAAGAACAACCACAGCUAUGGAAACGAAUGAUAGACCACGGGAGUUGCGUCUUCCGCCACGACAAAGGAAAGUCGUCAGCGCUCAAAAUCAUCAAGUACCUGAUGAAGCGCAAAAAGCCCGUAACACUCGACAUACAGCGCGAAAUGGUCGACCAAAACCUCGAACUAGUCGACACAGGCGCUGGAGGAGCCCUAGCAUCAUCCGUAGAGACACUCAUCAAGCACUACGAAAAGAAGCUGAAAGAGCUGGAACAAGACCUCAAAGAGGCCCGCGCCCAAAGCAACAAAGAAGACCGCGAGAUUUUGGAAGCAGCGCAGAAACAAUACCAAGACAAUCUCGCGAAGCAACAGCAGGAAAUGCAGAAUUUACAGGUUAGUGCGGCGCAGCUGAUAGAGGAUACUAAGAAGCGGUUUGAAGAGAGCGAGGUAUCGGCUAGGGAGAAUAUGCUACGAGCUCAGGCGAAUCAUGCGGCGGAGCUGGAGAAGCAGAGGGUGGUGUUGCAGAGACAGUUUAAGGAGAAGUAUUUGCAGAUGAUGCAUGAGCGGGCGUGUAAUGUAAUGUAG